AAAAAAAAAAAAAAAAAAAAGAAGCAAGAAAAAAGACGCGAAAAAACAUAUUAGCGGAAAUAAUGCCAAAUUGAAAUUUAUGUUAAAAGAAAAAAAAAAAAAACGUCUUAAAUUGAAUUACGAAUUAUAUGCAGAAACAUGUCGGAUAUUUAUUAUUGCAGUAAUACCAAGAAUAAGAAGUCCGGCUCCUUGGAAAGCACACAUAAUCACAAUUCAGAUAAAUCGUCAAGGAGUCCAGAUAGUAUUAACAAGACCAAUAACAACAGCAAUUGUAUGCGGGACAAUAAUAAUGUAUGCAACGGAAAACGAAAUUCAAUCGUCGUUGGCAAAUCAAACUGGAACACAAAGGCUGUACAAAAAUAUGUAGACGACCAGGUAGGUGAAACUAAUGGGUGUAAUACAUCGACAACGAUAGUGCCACCAAAAAUUUUCCAUAAUACACGAUGUGCACGACAUCAGAAAGCGCACAGUCAUUCAACGCAUAACGGUUGCAGCAACGGUUCCGCUGAUCAUGUCCAUCAUCACAAUAGUGGUGGUAAUCACAGUCAUCAUAUCCAUCAUAUUCGUGGUGGGCAUCGAAGAAAAACGGAAUCAGUUUUGUCCACAGAUUCAGAUAUACGCUUUACUAGGAGAAAAUUAGGUGAUAGCCAGAAAUGUGGCUGUGCAGUCAUCGCAGCAAUACUCGUCGCCCUUUUGAUAGUCGGUGCAUUCGUCUAUGUUGGUUACACUUAUUUCAAACCAGAACCGUUACCUGAUCGAAUGUUUCGCGGAAAGUUUCAUAUCCGCAAUGAUAAAUGGACAAUGGAUUUGGCAGAUCAUAAGUCUCAGCGAUUUCAAAGCAAAGGUAGAGAUUACCGUGAACGCAUUAAUUUAGUUAUACGACGUUCCGAUUUAAGGGAAGCAUUUGAGCGAAGUGAAAUCUUAGCGCUUGACGGCUUUGAAGACACCAACGAUAUUGUUGUGCAUUUCAAUCUGAUUUUUAAUCCGUAUGCGAGUUUAGUAUCGGUUGCUGACAUAUUAGCUUUAUUCGGUGAAGAAUUCCGAAAUUCUCAAUCGAAAUUUUUUGCCGAUGUAACAGUAGACCCCGAGAGCUUUACUAUCAGAGAGAUUACGGGUAUUACGGAUGAACCGACCACAUCUUCCUCCCGGUUAGGUGUUACGGACGAAACAACAGAAGUCGCGACGACAACCGAAAAACCGCAAAGACGCUGCGAACCCUUAAAGCUGGACUAUUGCCGUUCCAUUGGAUACAAUGUUACGACAUAUCCGAAUUUGUUGGGCCAUAAUUCGUUCGACGAAGUAUACGAGGAUGUCAUCACAUUUCGGGAGCUGGUCGACGCAGAAUGUUUUCGCGAGGCAUUUGAUUUUAUUUGUCGUUUGCUACAACCGCCUUGUGAUCUUCAUAGCAAAGAGAUUCAAAGAGAUUCAAGCAGUAUUUGUCGCGAAUAUUGUGAACAAUUUAUGAAGGGAUGUGGUAAUCGAUUACCGAAAAAGUUCACAGUCUAUUUUAAUUGUGAAUCUUUCCCCGAGGCAACAGGGAUUCAGUCAUGUCGUCAGAAACCCGGAUGUGCCAACGAUUUGAAUAGCAAAGCUCAAAGUACUCGUUUAUGCGACGGCUAUCCUGAUUGUCCUGACCUGUCAGAUGAGCGUGCCUGCUCCUUUUGCAAUAGCAAUUCAUUGUAUUGCGGGCGGGGACGGGCGUGUAUACCACGGCGAGCGCGUUGUGACGGCAAACCGGAUUGUCCGGAUGGUACCGACGAAAAGGACUGUUUGGCCAUUGCACCGCUUGCUCUUGAUUUAAUGAAGUCUGAUUUAUUGGUGCCAUAUUUGCCUCAAUUCAAUUCCGAGGGUUAUGCGGUAUUUUUUGAAAAGGGGCAAGUUGGAAAACUUUGCGCCGAAGGUCUGCAAGGCGAAGGGAAACUGAUGAUAAGACAAACCGUUGCAGAGUCUCUUUGUAAAUCUUUGGGAUAUGAAUCUGUUGAAACAUUUGCAGUACAAAAUGACACUGAAAUAGUUGACGAUUAUGUACGAGUUUUGGAUCCGCAUGCACCAGAAAUUUCUUUUGUACGCACACACUGUCCUCGUCGUGAAGUACUAUACGUUGGCUGCGGUGACUUACAAUGUGGUGUGCAAUCCGUACUUUCCGGUAAAAAAUAUUUGACAUUGCCUAAAAUUGCAGCGCCCGGAGAUUGGCCGUGGUUGGUCGCCUUAUAUCGUGAAGACGUUCACGUCUGUGACGGUACUUUGAUAUCUAAAAAUUGGGUUCUAACCACGGAAUCGUGCUUUCAGGGGCAACCGCGCGCGACAUGGAUGGCAAUUUUUGGUUCUGUACGUUUGGCUUCUACAGCUCCUUGGACACAACGUCGCCGUGUUAUAGGUAUGAUUAAAAGUCCGGUGGAAGGAUCUACUGCAGCUUUAAUAAGACUUGAAACUCCGGUCGUAUUUUCCGAUCACGUACGUCCCAUUUGUUUGCCCGAUCGUUUGCAAAGGCAGGAAGCAAAUCAAAUGCAGAGGCGCUCCUUUGUGCCAAGAGCUGAACGAUUAGAAAGCACAAACGCCGAUCGCUUUAUUGUUAAGCGGCUAGAGCAUGAAACGCAGCAAUACUUUAUUUCUCCAACACUAAGCCAGCCGCACACAAAUCUCGUGCCGGAACAGGAAUCUUUCGACUAUCAAUUUGACAAUGUAGCUCAACAACGCCACAAUAUGCCAAAAGCCGAAGCUUUAACCAAACUUGAGGACAACUUGGGUAAUUAUCCAAUUUUAGAAAGCGCGCCACAAGUACAAUAUUACGGUGCUCGGAUGUCCUCAGCGUCAUCGGCAAGUAAAGAUCCUAAUUUUAUAUCAUCACAAGACCAGAUUUGGACACACUGCAACACGCUAGGCUGGUCGCGGCAGCGCGAUCACCUGCAGCGAGUACAAUUAAAAAUUGGCGAUAUGGCGGCAUGUGAAAAUAUUUCAAUUGCCACCGUCAAUAGCAUGUGCACCGAAGCCACUUUCCAGAAACAUGAUUGCACGCAAGAGGAAUAUUCAGGAGCUCCCGUGCAAUGCUUAAUACCAGAAACUAAUCAAUGGGCUCUAAUUGGAGUUUCUUCGUGGCGUAUAGCUUGCGGGCCUUCAGGUGUGGAAAGACCGCGAAUGUAUGAUAAAAUCUCAUCGAAUACAGCUUGGAUACGAGAAAUCAUGAAUGCUUCAUAGAACAAAAAAAAAUAUUUUCCUCUUCCCUCUUAUCUUACAUUUAUAUAUAAAUUCGUUAGUUUGUACUUUUCACUUCCUGGUAACAAAAAUAUCGCGUAAAUCGGAAAUGAAAUACAUGUCUAAACAAAUGGAACUUCAUCACGCAAAGAUUUAUUAAAGUUCCAACAAUUAAUGUGCAUUCUGAACCAAAAACAAAGAAGAAAUCGACAAUA